UUUCCGUCCAACAUCUUUGUUCUCCAUAGCAACGGCAUUUAACAGUCAUACGCUAGCUCGCUAUACGCUUCAUCUACUGGCUAACAGUUCCUAGCUAUCUGGUUACCGUUAACUUUGCAUCUAAGAGUUGAUAACUUAACUAGCUAACACAGCUAAUGUACUUUUAGUGCCCGUAAAUAACACAUUUCACCUCCUUAACUAGAUUGUAUUUUAUUCGUGUCAAGUGAAAUCAAUACAUCGACAUGCCUCCAAAAAAAAAAGGUCGGAAAAAGUCUGCAAAGGUCAAGGCAGCAGCACCUCUAGUGGGGGAUGACCUGCCUAUGCCAGAAAUGUCAAAGGAGGAGCUGGAGGAGUACGUUGUGCGCCUGCGGGUGGAUUUGGACGGAGAGCGGGAGGAGCGCAACUAUUUUCAGCUGGAGAGGGACAAGAUCCACACCUUCUGGGAAGUCACCAAGAGGCAACUCGAAGAGAAAAGGGCUGACCUGAGGAACAGGGACAGGGAGAUGGAGGAGUCAGAGGAGCGUCAUCAAAUGGAAAUCCAGGCUUACAAAGAGAAAGUGAAACACUUGCUGUAUGAAUACCAAAAUACUCUCACAGACCAGAAGUCAAAAGUGGUUUUGACCGCCAAAUUGAUGCAGAAAGACUAUGCAGAGAUGGAGGAUGAAUUGCGUAAGGCCAUACGCUGCCUUAAACUGGAUAUCAAACAGCAGAACCUGUCGAAUGAAGAACGACUGAAGAGCAUGCGACAGAAACAAGAUGAAGAAAUUACCAAAAUGAGACACGAUUUUGAAAGUCAAGUGCAAGUCGCUGAGAAGAAAUAUGAUGAAAGAAUGCAGGCGUUACAACAUGACCUGGACUUGAGGCGGAAAAUGGAGAUCCAUGAAAUUGAAGAAAGGAAGAACAGCCAGAUCAAUUCACUGAUUAUGAACCAUGACAAGGACUUCAGCAACAUUAAGAUUUACUACAAUAAAACCACCUUCAACAACCUGGCACUCAUCAACUCACUGAGAGAGCAGCUAGAGGAGAAGAAGAAGAAGGAGGAUAAGAUGGAUAACGAAAUGGCGGAAGUCUUACACCAGAACAAGAUUCUGGUUGAACCACUGCAGAAAGCCAAGGAGCAGGUGGUUGAGCUGCAGAGACAGAUGGCGAAUUACAAAAACGACAAGGCCUCCCUGGCGACGGCAAAAGUUCGGUUGAAGGUUGCAGAAAAAGAUAUGAAAUUCCUGAAGUGGAAACAUGAAGUCCUGGAGCAGAAAUUUAGCAAAAUUCAGAAGGAGAGGGAUGAGCUGUACCAGAAGUUCACCAAGGCCAUUCUGGAGGUGCAGCAGAAGAGUGGCUUUAAGAACCUGCUCCUGGAGAAGAAGCUGAGCGCUCUGGCCGAAACGCUGGAGAAGUAGGCACAGGAGGCAGGACUUAGUGAGGUCCUCUCCAACUCCAACCUCAACCACUUGGCGCACGACCUGGCGACCCGCAAAGUGGAGGUAUGCCUGUUCUUCACCGGUCCUUUAAUCUGUUACUCGGAUUGGAUCUGUCCUGAAGUUUAGUUGGACGAGGAAACGUGUGUUAUGAACGUUUGGAUUAAGCUAUGGAUUAUCUGGGCUAUUACAUAUGUCCCAAUUCCCCACUUGCCAUAAUCCACUGUCGCCAUACUCCAAUACUGUAUA